AUGGCGAUUGCCGAAAUUGGGAAGAUCAAAUCCGAUUGUGACGUGGAAUUCGCCGACGUCGCCACCAAAUUAGCAGCAGAGCAUGUUAGCGAUCCGCGCGUCGUUGAAUACAUCCACGCGGUCAUGUCCUCAUGCAAUAAAUCGCCACUUCAGAAAAUGACCGAAUCGUCGGUGUUCCUUCUGCACAAAGGCACAAUUUCGCCAAAAGUCAUGGAAGAGAUCAAAGAGAAUUACGAUCGAAUUCAAAAAAAGAAGGAUUUGGAAAUGUCGAAGAAAAUGAACCAAUUACCGCCCGAAUUAUAUAGUACGGCGCAGAAGCUUCGCAUCAUUGCCACGUCGGCAGGAUUGAGCGGGAACGAGCGAAAACAGCAAAUCGAUCAGCUUUUGGCUUCUCUUCCCGACUCGUACCAUCAUAAAAUUCUGAAUCUUCUCGUCGAGACGCCGUCCAAAUUUGAUGGGGCGCCCGUUCAACAACCCGAAACGCCGAUCGACUUGCGGCCGGCGCCGGCAUCCUUUGAAAUCCCAAAGCAAACAGAGGAGACUGAGCCAGCGAGCUCCAAGAAUACGCAAGGCGAUCGUGAUCCGCGAGUCAAUAUGCCAUUCAACGCGAACGCCUCGCCAAUGAAUCACAUUCAAAUCCAUCCGCAGCCGAUUACGGCCUCCCAGCAGAAUAUCCUGUUCCCUGAUCUGCCACCAACAAGACCUAUCACUCCCACUUCAAACGACGCUUCCACCAGCAUCGGAGCCCUCUUCAAGAAUCCCAACAUUGAAAUGCUGCUCAAGAACCUCGUUCAAAAGGGCGUCAAACUCUCAGAUGGUCCAUUGCCGGCGAAUGUUGGCGCGGUAGAUCACACGAAGAAUCAGCCGGACAUGACGCUGCUCAAUCCGAGCUUGUGGUCCGACGCCGCCAAAUUCCUCAGUCAAUCCAGCAAUGAUCUACCAACGGCGCUCUCGAAACUCUUCGAUGCCAAUUCGGCGGGCAUUUCGAGCGCGUUUGGACGGCAUCAUUCAAGAGCGCCUCCUCAAAUCGCGUCGGAAGCGCAAUUCUUGCCCUCACGCCGACAAUUCGACGGCGCGCUUGAUUCCUACGACACUCACGUGGAUCGAUUUGCCAGUAGCGGACCGCCGAAUCGGCAGGAGAUUCUCGGCGACUUGUCGAGCCUUCGAGCCCUUCCGCAGCCAGCCAUUCAGCCGACGAAGGUUGAUGCCAUUAUUGGCGCGAUGCCAACAAUGCCACCCGUCAAUGGGUAUCAGACAUACGCGCCAGCACCCACAGCAGCAGUGCCCAGCAUAGUGCCAGCGCAACAGCAAUUGAAAUCGCCUGAGGAGAUCACUGGAAGUUAUAGACAAUCGCUAAUGCCAGUGUACAACGUGAAAGGAAUCAAUGGUCAAAUGAGAAACGUCAAAAUUGAUGCGGUUAACGAACAAUGA